AAAAUAGUUUGGUGCAUGUGCGUGUAUAUAUAUAAAGGUCAUUUCUUUUGAAUCUUGAGUCUGUCCUUAUUUUCUUCUUCUGCAUCACAUUCUCUCUCUAUUACACAAGGAAAUCCGCUUCUGGCAUAUAAAAAUGGUGAAGAUUUGUUGUAUUGGAGCUGGCUAUGUGGGAGGUCCCACCAUGGCUGUGAUUGCACUUAAGUGUCCGAACAUUGAAGUGGCUGUGGUUGACAUUUCUGUGGCACGGAUCAAUGCCUGGAAUAGUGACCAACUCCCCAUUUAUGAGCCGGGUCUCGAUGAUGUUGUGAAGGAGCGCCGUGGAAAAAACCUUUUCUUCAGUACUGAUGUUGAGAAACAUGUUUCGGAGGCUGAUAUAGUGUUUGUGUCGGUUAACACCCCGACUAAAACCCAAGGGCUUGGAGCUGGUAAAGCAGCUGACUUGACCUAUUGGGAGAGUGCUGCUCGAAUGAUUGCUGAUGUAUCGAAAUCGGAUAAGAUUGUUGUUGAGAAAUCAACAGUACCUGUCAAAACAGCCGAGGCAAUUGAAAAGAUUUUGACUCACAACAGCAAAGGUAUCAACUUUCAGAUCCUCUCUAAUCCUGAGUUCCUUGCUGAAGGAACUGCAAUUAAAGACCUUUUCAAUCCCGACCGUGUGCUGAUUGGUGGUAGGGAAACUCCUGAAGGGCAAAAAGCAAUUCAAGCACUGAAAGAUGUUUAUGCCCAUUGGGUCCCUGUGGAACAGAUCAUAUGCACCAAUCUCUGGUCUGCUGAGCUCUCGAAACUUGCUGCAAAUGCCUUUCUGGCGCAGAGGAUAUCCUCUGUCAAUGCUAUGUCAGCGCUCUGUGAAGCCACCGGCGCAGAUGUCACCCAAGUGUCUCAUGCUGUUGGUAAGGACACAAGAAUUGGGUCUAAGUUCUUGAACUCCAGUGUUGGUUUUGGUGGAUCUUGUUUUCAGAAAGAUAUCUUGAACUUGGUAUAUAUAUGCGAGUGUAAUGGCCUUCCGGAGGUCGCUAAUUACUGGAAACAGGUGAUUAAGGUGAAUGACUACCAAAAGAACCGUUUUGUGAACCGGGUGGUUGCUUCUAUGUUCAACACAGUUUCAGGUAAGAAGAUUGCUAUUUUGGGAUUCGCUUUCAAGAAAGACACGGGCGAUACUAGGGAGACCCCAGCCAUUGAUGUGUGCAAGGGCUUGUUGGGAGACAAAGCACAACUGAGCAUAUAUGACCCACAGGUUUCACAUGACCAAAUUCAAAGGGAUCUUUCUAUGAAGAAAUUUGACUGGGAUCACCCCAUUCAUCUGCAACCAAUGAGUCCUUCAACUGUCAAGCAAGUUAGUCAUGCUUGGGAUCCUUAUGAGGCAACAAAAGGUUCUCAUGGUAUCUGCAUUCUUACCGAGUGGGACGAGUUUAAAACGCUUGAUUAUCAGAAGAUUUAUGAUAACAUGCAGAAGCCAGCCUUUGUGUUUGAUGGACGGAAUGUCGUGGAUGCUGAUAAGUUAAGGGAAAUUGGGUUUAUUGUUUACGCCAUCGGUAAGCCAUUAGAUUCAUGGCUCAAGGACAUGCCUGCUAUUGCAUAAACUAAAAAAUGCAUGACAUGAAAUGCCUAGUUGCUGUCUUGUACGAGGUUUCCCCUAUUUAGUCAUUUUGUAUGUUGUUUUGCAAUUCAAUUGAUUCUUAUGUUGUAAUGAUUUCAAAAACACAGUUAUCAUUUUCCAGAUCUGGCUUAGUUACAAGCAUAUCUGAAUAUGAUCAAUGUUCUUUUUGGUUUAAAGAAAUAAACGAUAUUAUACUA